GCCGUGAGUUUGAUCUAAUCUGCGAGGCGAGUUUCACCGGGAAAAAGGUGGUCCUGACCAGAAGCUAGCGUUAUGAAGGACCACGGUGGCCCGUCGGAGAAGUUUGUCUGUCUGCUAACUUCCUUUCUCUUAACGCAACAGGGUUUGUUUUUUCAAACUAUAAUAAAAGCAGAACGGAUCCUCUGUUAUAUUUUCCAUGUGUGCCUCUCGACUUCUGAUGGUUAUGCAUGUAAAACCCGGGAUGAUUUUUCCAAGUGUUAGAAGAGCAUACAUAUCAUUCAGAUUAUUCUUAGCUAUUAUGUUUAACUUUAUUUGUAAUAAUUCUUCUGGAAAUCUGUUCAGCGGCACGCUUAUUGUAACGUCUGCUAGCGAGAGGGCCAAGGCUUUCAUCGUUAGCCGAGUUUCAAUAUAAAAUGUUACCUGAUUACGUCUGCUUGUCAUGUUGGUAGAGUGGGCUAAAAACCAAAAUAGGCCGAAGGCCCUACCUUCUUACACAACGAUGCUUCUAUAUCGGAAUGUUGCUCACAAUAAUCCCUGUUGGAUAACGUAUUUGCUAUGGCCGCCUUUUCUAAUACCUGUGAUGUACAGAAACAAUUCCACUUGUUAAACGGGAUUAAAACCGUAAAUAAUAAUAAAAAAAAAUUCCAGAAAUGUUUAUAAAUGUGGUAGGUUGUACCAGUCUUGAAUGUUUGACUAAGCGAGCGCCGCCCAGCUACAUGCAACGUAACUCUCAUAGAAAGAAAGGAAAAAAACAACUAAACUUGUUUUGUGUAUGGGCUAUUAUUUUCUUUUACCAUCUCUGGCCCACUGUCUGUGGAUUGAAAAGAUAAAAAUCUAAUAUUUGUGUUUUAAAUUUCAGCUUUGUGUUAUUCUUGGAAAAUUGUGCACCGAUUGUGAAUCCCCUGAACUUUGGCAUUUCUAGCCCAGUCCUGUUGAGCCCUCCUCAUUUACAGCUCGCUCAGAUUAAGACUCAGUUGGCACUUCAUCAUUUGAGCUCUGUAACUUCGAACAGUCCUACCCCGGUACAUGCUUUGUUAAAUCAGGCAUUAUUGAAAAUAAGCACUGCAUACACCAUGUUUACUCCUCGAGGAGGUUUCCCUGCUCAAGGACCCAGAAACAUGAUGAAUCCCCGAAUGAACCAGCCUGGGAUGAACCUCACGGGAAUGAAUGUUCCUGGCAUGAACCAACAGGGCAUGGGUCUUUCUGGCAUGAACCAACAGGGCAUGGGUCUUCCUGGCAUGAACCAACAAGGCAUGGGUCUUCCUGGCAUGAACCAACAAGGGAUGGGUCUUUCUGGCAUGAACCGCCAAGGCAUUAGCAGCCCUGGUAUGAACCAUCCCAAUGUUGGUAUCGGUCACUCAGGCAUAGGCAAUCCUGGCAUGAGUCAAGCUGGAAUGAACUUAAAUCGGAUGAACCAUCCUGGGAUGAAUAAAGGUGGCGGCGGCGGUGGUGGCGGCUUUCCCUCUGAAAUGAGGAAUCCUGGCGGCGGCUUGAGACCACACGGAAUGGAACCUCAAGGAUCCUUCGGUGGAUCUGAUUCAAUGGGAAUGAAAGGAAUGCCGAUCAGAGCGCCACUGGAAAGAGGCAUAAAUCCGCAGUCUUUCCAGAAGAGAUUUGUUGGUUCCAACCCAUCACCACGACCAGUGCAGCCUAGAGUACAGCCUCAGAACCAAGAACUUUCAACAUUACUGAACAUGAUGGCAAAACAGUCCUCGUCGGACAUCAUGAUGGGAAAGGGCUCGCUCCCGUUACAAGACUCGGCACACAUGGGGAAAGAGAGGCCGUGGGAGGGACCAGGUUCAUUUAAAAAGCUGUCUCAAGACAUGUCAAUGAAACCUCUUUCCAAUCAACAAGCUCAACUUCUGCCAGAUCAGCAGAAUCGCUACACAAAUGAAAGUGCUUCAAGUAUUUUGGAAAGCUUCGGGCUGUCUAAUGAAGACUUAGAGGAACUGAGUCGUUAUCCGGACGAUCAGCUGACUCCUGCAAACAUGCCCGUCAUAUUGAGAGACAUACGGUUACGUAAAAUGGGGCGCUCUGGAAACCCGUCUGACCAGAGUGGUGCGAGAAGAUCCGGAGGCGAAGUCUUACCAAGUAAAGUCAUAGAUUAUGGACACUCAAGCAAGUACCAAUUCGGCGGGGAUUCUGUUCGCCCUUUUGAUUCUUCAAGAGCACAAGCUAAAGAUUUCAAACCUGGCCAACCAAACGUGGAGCCAAAAAAGAUAAACGUCUCAAAAGAACCUGCAACGCCAGCAAACAUCAAGUCCCAAAAACCUGCUGAUAAGUUGAUGGAUAAUAAAAUACCGACGAUAUCUGUUACUCGGAAGAACCAGCCUGCGUGGUCAAAGGUUGACAGGUCCCACAACAAAACUGUUUUUGGCGAACAACCGGAGAAGUCUGUCGGCGUGUCAACCCCUGAUCAGUCUGUCAAAGUCAUGGCUCAGCCUGAUGCUCCGGCCAUGGCCCAACGUGACUUUCAGAGCGCAAGCCACCCCGACGCUAAGCCAGACGUCCAGGCGGGAACUCUGACCAGCCCGGUAACUUACCAGGGCCCCCCAGAGACUUCACCGGCCGAUCCGUCUAACAUCACAAAGGGGAACUGGCCGCCAGCUUUGCCCCACCAUGCGGACGCCUUGAAGAAAAUGAGAACUCCGACUCCUUCGAUGAUGAACGAUUACUACGCGGCUUCACCGAGAAUCUUUCCUCAUAUCUGUUCACUGUGUAACAUAGAAUGUAGACAUUUGAAGGACUGGAUUAAGCACCAGAACACCCCAGCUCACAUUGAAAGCUGUCGGCAGUUGCGGCUACAGUACCCAGACUGGAACCCGCAGGUUCUAUCAAGUUUAAGAAAUGAAGACAAGAAAAGUGACAGUGUACCCUCUAAAAGAUCUAAAUCUAAUAGCCCAAGUCAACGGCGAUCCAAAAGAUCAGGCUCCAGACACAGGGCCCGGCGAUCGCGUUCCAGAAGCCCAAGACAUUCGGGACGAGCAAGAUCAAGAAGCCGGAGCCCGAGAAGAUCUCGCCCCAGGCGCUCGCGCAGUCCUAGACGCCGGUCCAGGUCUCCCCGUCGUUCUUACUCACCGAGAAGACCUAGGCGUGCGCACUCUUCCCGGACACACAGCUCUUCUCCAGACAAGAAAGCAGUGGAUGCUGCUGUACAGAAUUUUAUUGAAUCUACUAAACAACGAAAUUCCGCAGACAAAACAAAGCCUGCGAGGCCAUCCAGCAACGGCAAGAGGGCAUCUCCAAAGUCUCCCGGAUCGACGGCGAAAGCAAAGAAACCUGCCGGCGGCGGAACAAAAAUAACCAGUAGCGGCACAGCCAAGAGGACCAGCAGCGUCUCCAGUGCCAGCUCUUCAAAGAAGAGCAGCAGCAGCGGUAACCCUGCCAAGAAACCCAGCGGCAGCGAUGCCACCUCACCCAAAAAAUCUACAGACGGCAAAGCGUCCGGGGCCGUGGCCAAGCGAGUCGUUACGAAACCCAGCUCUGCGCCAGCAAAGAAAUCUCCCUCGAGCUCCUCGGCUACGGAUAAAUCCUCCGGCAGCUCUUUGUCCGACAAGAAGUCGGGGGUCAAGAAGCCUCCUCCGAACAAACCUUCCGCCGGGAAUAAAAAGAAAAACCCCUCAGCCACAGAAGCUUUCAACCCUCUCCACAAGUUUAAAAACAAGAGUAAUCCAGGCACCGUUAUUCAUGUGAGCAACCUGCCCGAUUCGGGCUAUACAGAUCAAGAUAUUCUGAAAAUCGUGCAGCCCUUCGGCAAAGUCUGUGACAUCCUCAUCAUUCGUUCUAAGAACGAGGCAUACUUAGAAACCAAUUUUAAGGAGGCGGCCGCAGCGGCCGUGAAAUUUAGUGAGACCGUACCAAUGAUGGUGAACAACACACGAGUUACGCUGCGUUUGGCCGGAGAGAAGGCUCCUGAAAAGAAGGCUGAGGUUAAAGAGAAGGCUGAGGCUAAAGAAACCAGGUACGUUUUUUUAUUUUUAUUUUCACUUUGUACCAGACAAACAACCUGCCUCCUUAUCGUACUGCGCGUGGGAAACAAUAGAAUGGCUCAGAAUGGCCCUCAAAGCCUACGAAGGAGUCUGGUUUUUGAGCAGACUUUUCCCCAAAUAUCACAUGACUGGCAACAAUGGCGGGUAUCUGCUAAACUAACGCCCUCAACGUGUUUCUGUUUUUGCAGCAAAAAGCCGACUCCGGAGGAGGGGUUUCCAUGUAACAUGCUACUUCGUGACCUAUCCUCCUGCUUCUAUACACGCAGCCUAUUGAGCGGGAAUGGGACGGCAUGUAAAGACUUUGGUUCUUUGACCUGUGUAACGGGUUUUAUAUUUUUCUUUUCAGUUAUCCCCCCUGGCUUUGUGAAACGCUACAAGCUUGCGGCCCCCAAACUGAAGGAUUCGGAGAAAUGCGUGGUUAUGAUUUCUAACCUUCCUGAAGCACAGUCCAGCGUGGAGGAGAUUUCAAACCUGGCUAAACCGUUUGGCGGAAUAACGGACAUCCUCUUCAUCUCGACGUACCGAAAGGCUUAUUUACAACUGACCAGUAAAAACUCGGUGGACUCCAUGUUGAAGUUCUACGAUGUCUUUCCAACAUAUAUUUCUGGAAACGCCUUAUCCAUCUCCAUGAAUCCCAAAUUCAAAGAUAUAAAAGACGAGGAUCGUGUUUUCGCCGAGUUAAUUGAGGAGGCUCUGUACGAGAUCACCCCAAACAUCUAUGAGAAGUUUGUGCAUCUCGGCAACCUCCCUGAAAAGGGAUACACGGAAUUUGAGAUCGUCUGCAUCGGGCUGCGCUUUGGAAAGGUCGAGCAUUACGUCGUCUUUCCCAACAAGAGAAAGGCGAUUCUGCACAUGUGCUCCGCGAAAGCCGCCAACGCCAUGCAUCGAUUCCUCUCUCAAUAUCCCUGCAGCGUCGGGGACAGCAUCCUGAGCUGCUCUCUGCCCUCCAAAACAGCGUUGGAGCAGGAUGAAUAUAUGACGGUACUAGAAGAAGAGAAAAAGAGUGCCGAAGCGGAGACAAACGCGGACGAAACGGAGACUGCACAGACUGCUGAUGAAGAUACCGUGAAAGGCCACACCGUGCCAACCAAACCGACCAAACCAGCACCGGCUAACGGUAAAAAAGGAGCGGAUGUUCAGACUCCCUCGCCCGUCGGCAGCUCUGGUGAUGUGAAGGCAACAAAUCGUUCUGCGACAGACCAGAAUACAGAUCUACAGCAAGAGACAAAGACCACCGAACCUGCUGAGGAGGCCACUGAACCAACCCCUAGGGCUGCAGUAGAACGUGCUCCAUCUAACCCUGUGCUAUCAGCCUUUGGUGUCCACGCAAUGACAGGUGAGGAGGACUACGAUGAAGAGGAAGCAGCUGAAGCGCCCGAAGCCCCUGAACAAGGGGCACCAGAGUUUGUUCAUCCAGAGUCCAUGGUGCCCAUUGAGGAAAGCGCUCCAUACACCCAAUCCAAGCUUCUUGUGAGCGAUGAUUUGGAGGUUCUUGUGUCUGUAGAAUCUGAGGAAGAGGAUGAAGAGGCCAUGGACCAAAGCAGUCCCGCCAACCUCGAGUCUGUGGCGGCAGGCGCCAGAACGUUGGAUGCCAUUGGUGUUGCCGCAUCGGAUGAAAUAGAAGAGCUCGAGGGUGUCUGUGUCAUCGCCGAGCCGUGUUUGGACCCGGCCGCCCUGGACGAAGAAUCUGCAGACCCAUCUGAACCACUUACAGAAUCUGCUGACGUCGCUGAUAGAGACACGUGCGGAGUAUCGGAAGACCCGAAACCGCCAGAGGAGCCGAGUGUGGAACAAAAACCCGAGCAGACUUCCGAUGAGCGACGGGAGGAACCAGAAAAUGCCAACCCAGAGGAGAGUUUGGUUAUGGAUGUUUCAGAACCACAGCCGGCUGAGCCGCCUCUCGCCGAUUCACGCAGCACUGACCUAAAAGAAGAACUGGUCUGCGGCGCGAGCAACACCGACACCUUCAACCAAACGGACAGAGUCGAGGAUAAUGGCGUCACUGACGUAAAAACCGAAGAUGAUUCAGGCGGUAGCACCGCUGAAAAAAAUAAAACCUCAAUGCCGGAAAAAACUGAAGGCGAUUCGAGCAGCGGUACGGUCGAAACGGAAAAGGACUCGGUGUCGAAAACUGAGGAUGAUUUGGGCAGUAGUCAAAUUGAAAAAGUUAAAGACGCAACUCCCUUAAAAGAUAGCGAAUUGGGCAGUGAAAAAAAUAAAGACUCCACUGUGUCGAGAACCGAAGGUGAUUUGGGAAGUCGUCCCGCUGAAAAAGACGCCGCUCCCUCAAAACCUAGCGAAGGGUCUGUGAAGGAAUCCAAAGAUCACGCGGGCUCGUCGUCUUCUACAUCAUUCAGUAGGACUGCAAAAUACAACCCUCAGAAAGGCGAUAUCUCUGUAACGGUAACCCUCGACGGCCAGAAACCCUCCUCGAAGCCAGACACACGGAAGAGAGUCUCCUCGGAGAGGUCUUCCGGAAGAGAGAGCAGCACCCCGAAGUCGAGCAGCAGCCGCUCGAGCCCGGCCGAGACGCCCAAAAGCAAUUCCAAAUCGGGCGCGAGCGCGUCGCUGAAGAAAGGCAGCGGAAAGAACGCUUCGAGUAAAGACGAUAAAGAGUUAAAGGCGACUCCAAAACCUUGGGAAAGGGAAAGCAGAUCAAGUAACAGAAAGGACGAUCGGUCGAAGAGCUCUCACGGAAGAUACACUCGCAGUUCUAGGGGCAACAACCGGGGGGUGAAAUCUAAAGAGGAACCGAUGGAGGAUAACUUCCCGUUCGACUUGGACGAAUUUGUUACCGUCGAUGAGAUUGUAGAAGAUCAGACGGAUGAAAAGUGUGAAGAGGAACAGCCGAAAGAAACUCAGAGUGCCAACAGUGCCCGAAAGGGGAAAAGAAAGGAGCACGAGAAGUCUAAAGGGAAGACAACCACCACAGGCGCCUCGACCCAAGAGCCGUCCUUCGUAACGUUAGAUGAGGUGGGGGAUGAGGAAGAGGGCUCUCCGGGGCCGGAGUCCACCCUUGUACAAGAACCACAGGCCCUUCUAACGGUUGACGAAGUCCAUGCGGAUGAUGAACAUUCACCGUUCGUAAAGGGCUCGCAAGAACUUAUGACCUUAGAUGAGAUCAGCGACGAGGACGACGCGAUGCAGGUUUCCACGGCGGGCCUUGUUUCUUCGGAAAUCCCAGAGGACUUAUCCAAAGAACAGGUCCUCCUAACGCUGGAUGAAGUUGUUGGGGAAGAGGAGGACCCAGCCUCAAACGCUGAAUCCUCUAAAGUAGAGGUUCCUCCUGCCGCGGACGGCGAACACAAAGAUGAGAAAGAGACCGAAGUUCCCACAGCUAAAGAAGCUUCCAACAUCACAGAAGACAAUCCGUCUGUUGACCCCACAGAACAGCCUCUCUUAACCUUGGAUGAAGUCAAAGGAGAUGAUGAUGUGGAGUCCAUAGCAGACAUUGUUGGCUUUAGCGAAGGGAACCAGUUUUUCACCGUUGAUGAAGUGGGCGAGGAAGAGGACGAGUCGCAGAUUAAAUCUGAACCCGUAAAAAAGGCUGCUGGAAGAGGGAGAGCCAAGACCCCCAGGAAGUCUGGGCCAAGUGCAAGUAAAGCUGCCCCUAAGCCCCAGGCUGCAGAAAAGUCACCAGCAGUUACCCCCAGAAGAGGCCGGCCGAGAAAGAGGCCGCUUCCCGAAGCCUCCACCCCAACCCAGGCAGACGCCGAACCCAAGGAUCCCCUGCAGCAGCCUGCCCCGGAGAAAGAGAACGCGGACAGCGCUGCACAGGAGAAACGGAAUGAAAAGGACUCGAAGGAGGGGGGGUCAGCGGCCGGCACACCAACUAAAGACGCCGAUUCCACGGUUGAUUCUUGCCCAAAAGACUCUGAAACUCCAGCAAAGAAAAGUAAACUGGAAUCGCCGGCAAAAGACGCCAAGCUGCCGCCUUUUAACGCCAGUGUCCCCAUAGGAUUGGAGUUUCUGGUACCGAAAACCGGCUAUUUCUGUGAACUCUGCUCGCUUUUCUACAUGGAUGAAGCUUCCAAGCUGAAGCAUUGCAAGAGUCUGCGGCAUUACCAGUCUGUAGAGAAACACAUGGCCAAGGAAGCGGACGCACCGGAAAAGAAAGACGGCGCGACGGAGUAAAGGCUGCAACGCCGCUCAAGCAGAAGGAAGAAUCAAACCUACUCUGAAUCUUUAGGGUCCAUUGUGUAUUUAAUUUUAAUUUCUCUCAGUCGCGUUUCCAGAACAGUUUAUUUUGUAAAAAGUGAUCUCGAUGUAGAAAGAAAGUAGCUGAAAAAAUAUAAUUUGCUAGUUUUUGUUUCCAGUUUCUCCUGCUUGCAGAUCUUCACAUUGCUUUAAUAAUUACUCCUGCUUUACAGUUUGAAAGCAGUUGAGUUAGUCGCACAUACCCUGCGCUCGAUUUCCCGCUGGAGUAU